AUGCCUCAAAAAGAAGCUUGUCCUCAGGGAUACGAGCUAGUGCCAUCGAGCACCCAGCAAGACGCCUAUGUGCAUAUCCGCAGUAGCACAAAGAGCAAGACCUCAUUUGACUUCUCCUUCGAGGCUAUUCGCCAAAACUUGUUCCGAGUCACCUUCACCUCGGCCGAUCAUGUCGUUCCUCCCUACCCUAGUGUUACAAAGCCCGAAACAAACCUGAAGAAUGCGAACGUUAGCGCGAAAUCUACAGCAUCCUCCAAGACAAUCGAUAUCGCUGGUGUCACUGCUACCGUUGAAUGGGAACAAACCCCCGUUGUCUCACUUUCAUGGACUGGAUCCGAUAAGCCUCUGCAUCGCGAUUUGCCGCUGCGCUCAUAUGUGGCGGAUGGAGAGGGCGUUGCACACUACUCGAUUCACGACCGCGAAGCUUUACACGUUGGCUUGGGAGAGAAAGCUGCACCCAUGGAUCUGAGUGGCCGUACCUUCCAGCUCUCCGCUACCGACUGCUUUGGGUACGACGUUUACAACUCCGAUCCUCUGUACAAACACAUUCCGCUUCUGAUCAAGGCCACCCCGGAGGGCUGCGUGGCUCUCUUCUCCACUACUCAUGGCCGCGGCUCUUGGUCUGUUGGUUCAGAGAUUGAUGGCCUUUGGGGUCAUUUCAAGAUCUACCGCCAGGAGUAUGGAGGCUUAGAGCAAUACAUGAUUGUUGGAAAGAAUCUUCAAGAAGUUGUUUACUCGUAUGCCCAGCUAGUGGGUAUGCCAUUGCUGGUUCCUCGCUGGGCUUAUGGCUACGUAUCGGGUGGUUAUAAGUAUACCAUGAUUGACGAGCCUCGUGCCUCCGAGGGUCUCAUUGACUUCGUUGAAACACUGAAGAAGCACGAUAUCCCAUGCUCAGGACAUCAGAUGAGUUCUGGUUACUCCAUCUCUCAGCACGAGCCUAAGGUUCGCACGGUUUUCACUUGGAACUAUCACCGUUUCCCAAAUCCCGAAGAAUGGACUAAGAAGAUGCAUGAGCGUGGUAUUCGCCUUAUCAGCAACAUCAAGCCAUUCCUUCUCUCCUCCCAUCCGGAUUUCAAUCAUCUAAUUGAUUCCCGGGGAUUCUUUCAAGAUGACGACUCCGAACCUGGUUACAUGCCUGUAUGGAGCUCUGGAGGCGCAACUGGUGGUCAAGGAUGUCACAUUGACUUUACAUCCGAAAAAGCAUUCAAGUGGUGGUAUGAUGGAGUGCAGAAGUUGAAAAAGGCCGGAAUCGACGGCAUGUGGAACGACAAUAACGAGUACACCCUUCCCAACGACGACUGGACUUUGGCCCUUGACGAGUCAAUGGUGAACGGCGAAGCGAAGAAGGGUGUUUCCAAUAGUGUUGGUCAAUGGGGACGUGCAAUUCACACGGAACUAAUGGGCAAAUCAUCCCAUGAUGCAUUAUUGGACAUGGAGCCUAAUUGCCGACCUUUCAUUCUCACUCGCAGUGCUACUGCCGGAACCAUGCGAUACGCUUCUAGUACCUGGUCCGGAGACAACGUCACCAGCUGGGAGAAUAUGAAGGGAGCCAAUGCCUUAUCCUUGAACUCUGGAAUGUCUCUAAUGCAAUACGAAGGACAUGAUAUUGGUGGAUUUGAAGGACCCCAACCCUCUCCCGAGUUACUCCUCCGCUGGAUUCAACUUGGUUGCAAUUCCAUCCGCUUCACAAUCAACUGUUUCAAGACUUCUCCGGAUGAAAGCGAAGUCGGUGAAGUCAUCGAGCCCUACAUGUAUCCCGAGAUCACUCACUUGGUCCGCGACACAAUCAAGCGUCGCUACGAGAUCAUGCCAUACAUUUACUCUCUCGGUCUGACAAGUCAUCAAGCUGCCAUCCCGCCUCAGAGAUGGAUUGGAUGGGGCUACGAGUCUGACCCUGAGGUGUGGACAAAGUCCCUCAAAGCAGGUGACGAGCAGUUCUGGUUCGGCGACACAAUUCUCGUCGGUGGCGUCUACGAGCCUGGUGUGAGUGUUGCGAAGAUCUAUCUGCCUCGCAAAUCUGGCCCAUCUUUCGACUACGGCUACGUUAACAUGAACACACCUUACACUUACUAUCCCUCCGGACAGUGGGUAGAGGUUGCUUCUGAGUGGCGUGAGAGUAUCCCGCUCAUUGCGAAGAUUGGAGGUGCCAUUCCAAUUGGAAAGAAUGUCCACACUCGCGUUCCGGGCGAUAAUACCCCUGCCUCGCUUGGUGUUGAUGAACUGGAUGACUACCGUGGUGUUGAAAUCUUCCCGCCGAAGGGAUCUUCACACAAUGCCGUCUUUGAGAAUACCUGGUAUGAGGAUGAUGGUAUCUCGCAGCAGACUCGCAUUUCAAAGUACACACUCAGCUACAGUUCGACUGGGGAGAAGGUGCUUGUGCAUUUUCAGCGUGAUGAGAGUAAGGGCUUUGUCCCGGCUUGGAAGGAACUUGAUAUUAUUCUUCACUAUGGUGAUCAGCGCCGUGUGGUUACUAGCUCUGGUCAGGAGGUUGUUGCCAAGGGCGAUGAUCAACGUGGUCGCUCGGUGUACACUGUCAAAGCUUGA